GCCUAGCCGCCGCCCUUCCCCCUUCCCCGUCUGACUUUUUCUCCAAGUUCAACUCCGCCGCCCGCCCCCUCUCCCCGAUCCCGGGAGAGAGAGAGAGAGAUGUCCUGGCGGUGGGCUCUGGCGCGGCGCGUCGCCACGCUCGUCGGCGGCGGCACCGGCGGCCCAGGCGCCGCCCAGGCGCAGAGGCUCUUCUCCUCCUCCGGCGCCCUCCCGGGGAGGCUCCACCCUGCGCCGCCUCAGAUUCGGAACAAGGUGGUGGGUUGCAGAGGAGCUGCUUUCGUGAACUCGCGGUGGCUGCAUGAUGCCACCCAAUGCCAGACUCGCCAGGACGGAGUUUCGAGGGCUGAAGAACAACAGGAUCCAUUUGAAUUGGUUGCUGAUGAACUAUCGAUUCUUGGAAAUAGACUACGGUCCAUGGUGGUUGCUGAGGUCCCUAAACUAGAAUCAGCUGCUGAAUAUUUUUUUAAAGUAGGAGCUGAGGGAAAAAGAUUCCGACCUACGGUUUUAUUGCUGAUGGCAUCAGCUCUGAAAUUCCCAAUACCAGAAUCGACAGAUGUUGGAGUUUUCAGUAUAUUGGCAAGUAAGCUGCGCACACGGCAGCAAAACAUUGCCGAGAUAACUGAAAUGAUCCAUGUUGCAAGUCUUCUGCAUGAUGAUGUUCUGGAUGAUGCUGACACUAGGCGAGGUGUCACUUCAUUGAAUUGCAUUAUGGGCAACAAGCUUUCUGUUUUGGCUGGUGACUUUCUCCUGUCCAGAGCAUGUGUGGCACUUGCAGCACUUGGGAAUACAGAGGUGGUAUCUCUAAUGGCAACUGCAGUUGGACAUCUAGUUACUGGUGAAACUAUGCAAAUGUCAACAAGCAGAGAGCAACGGCGAAGUAUGGAGUACUACUUGCAGAAGACGUACUACAAAACAGCAUCAUUGAUAUCAAACAGUUGCAAGGCUGUUGCUAUUCUUGCAGGGCACACUGCUGAGGUUUCAGUGCUUGCAUACGAAUAUGGUCGAAACCUGGGUCUAGCCUUCCAGUUGAUCGACGAUGUUCUUGAUUUCACAGGAACCUCUGCUUCACUCGGGAAGGGUUCAUUAUCUGAUAUUCGUCAUGGAAUCAUUACUGCUCCAAUGCUAUAUGCGAUGGAAGAAUUCCCACAACUACAAGAUGUCGUUGACCAGGGUUUUGACAAUCCUGCAAAUGUUGAGAUCGCCUUGGACUACCUCCAGAAGAGCCGGGGAAUCGAAAGAACAAAAGAGCUUGCGCAAGAACACGUUAACCUUGCGGUCAAAGCCAUCGAAUCUCUCCCAGACAGUGACGAUGAAGAUGUUCUGAUUUCAAGGCGCGCUCUUAUUGAUAUCACACAGAGAGUCAUCACAAGGACAAAAUAGCAUGAUUAUACACAGGGUGGAGAAGAUAAGGCGGAGUUUCGCCACAGGUGUAGUGUUCCGCUUGGAAAUUUUUGGUCGCCUUGGUCAUUGCAUUCUUUCCAUUGCCCGGGUUUUGUGUAACAUUUGAUGAGACUUCAGGGUAACCAUUCCUGGGAAUCAUCCUAAGUCGCAGCUGUAGUGGUUUUAGUUACUGGUGGCAGCAGAAUCUGUGUAUUAAUAUCACGAUUGGCGAUUGCACGAUGACCUGAUCAUAAGACUGUAACCUUAUAAAUCGAAGUAUGUAACACUAUAUACGAGGAAAAAGUAACCUGCUUGUGUUGAGAAAACCAUGUUCUUCCAUA